GUCUGUCUCCAGUUGGUUUAGUCUGUCUCCAGCUGGUUUAGUCUGUCUCCAGCUGGUUUAGUCUGCCUCUAUCUGGUUUAGCCUGCCUCCAGCUGGUUUAGUCUGUCUCCAGCUGGUUUAGUCUGCCUCUAGCUGGUUUAGUCUGUCUCCAGCUGGUUUAGUCUGCCUCUAUCUGGUUUAGUUUGUCUCCAGCUGGUUUAGUCUGUCUCCAGCUGGUUUAGUCUGUCUCCAGCUGGUUUAGUCUGUCUCCAACUGGUUUAGUCUACCUCCAGCUGGUUUAGUCUGCCUCCAGCUGGUUUAGUCUGUCUCCAGCUGGUUUAGUCUACCUCCAGCUGGUUUAGUCUACCUCCAGCUGGUUUAGUCUACCUCCAGCUGGUUUAGUCUACCUCCAGCUGGUUUAGUCUACCUCCAGCUGGUUUAGUCUACCUCCAGCUGGUUUAGUCUACCUCCAGCUGGUUUAGUCUGUCUUCAACUAAUUAGCAUACUCUCAGCUGAACAUAUUUGUACAAUUACAUUCGUCUAUCCUCACCUGCUUUAAAAUUCUAUUUCCAGAUGUUCUAGUUGAAUCCCAGAUAUCCCAUUUACCUAACGGUGCCUGCGAGGGCUGAGCUGCAUCUCCCGGUCCUUGCUAACGAUCAACUACUUGCCAUUCCUGCCUUUGUUCAACUCUGCUACAUCCCACUCCAAUACUAACUGGUCUAGUGUGAUACCAGCUGGCUUAGCAUAGUACCAGCUGGCUUAGUGUAGUACCAGCUGGCCGAUUGUAUCCCCAGUAGACUUAAAAUAAUCACAGUAGACACAAGAGUCAUCACAUUCUGGAGAAGAUGCCUGCCCCAGCCGACAUGGGUCGACGGAAUGCCCUUCCCAUCCUGUAUACCAGUGGGAGCUACUACGAUGUGGGGUACGACGUGGGUCGUACCUUCCGGGGAAUCAUCGAGGACUUCCUGGGAUCCUUCAAAGAGCUGCAUGAGGUGCUGCUACCUGCCUUCGAUACUGCUGAGGGUCGUGCCUCCUAUGACCUGACCCUGGCCUCCCUACAGCAGAACUACCCUCACUACCUCAGGGAACUGCAGGGCACUGCUGAUGGUGCCCAUGUUCCUUUCCAUCAUUUAAUGUUGCUACACAUGGACAGGAUUGUGCCCAUGAACAGCGGGAAGACGCUCUCUGCUGACUCCAAUGGCUGCUCCUCUGUGUGUGUCAACUACGAUGGUCAGGUAUUGUUGGGCCACACAGAGGAUGCCUUGCCAGAGUUUCUGAACCAUGUGUACCUGGUAUCAGCACACAUCACUGAGGCCGAGCCACAAGGCAAGUGGGGUACCCGCUGUGAGGGCUUCACUGCCCUCUGCUACGCUGGCUACCUGCCUGGUUUCUGCAUGGGUUACAACCACCAUGGUCUCGUCUACUCUAUCAACGUCAUCCAACCACAGAGGGUCAUCAGUGGAAAGACGCCACGUCACUUUGUGUGUCGGGCGCUGCUGUCGGCCAAGACGAUGGAGACGGCUCAGCAGAUCUUGCGAGACCGAGGUACUGGUGUUGCUGACGGCUUCAGUGUCAAUAUGAGCUUCACCAUGCAAGAGGGAGACCAUCUCUUCCACAACGCUGAGGUGGGACCUGCGGACAAUGCUGACGAAAGUCAACUGUCCAUCCUCACUCUUAGUCCUGGCGAGCACCUACUUCAUACUAACAAGUACUUGCGUCUGGCAGUGGCUGAGGACGAUGGACUGUGUUCAGUCAGCAGUAACCACCGUCACGCCCGCGCCAGCGCCUGCUGUGUGCCUGACACCCGCGCUGCUCUCCUGGCUCUCCUCUCGGACACCCAUGACCCACUCUACCCUUUCUUCAGGGAAGGUGGCAACCCAGACUUCAUCAAGACGGUGACCUUGGGUAUCUUCGAUCUAGUGGAGAAGACCUGGAGCAUUUGGAUGAGGAACCCACGAACUAGUGACCCACUGCUUACUCUACCUCUGCUCUUCACCUGGCAGGACUGAAGCCCCUCUUCCCCACCUCCACUGAGGCCAACACUAGCAUCAACACCACUGAAGAGGAUUAUAUUCAGAAUAUUAACUCCGUAGGAUAUCCAAGAAAGCCCAUUUCCAAGUGGUUGUCAGGUCCUCCCUCGGGAUGCUGGCCACAACAACUAACAGGCUUCCAGACUCAAGUUUGUCAUGGCUGGCAUACACACAAGUUACUAACAUAUAACAUGAAAACGUGGCGGCGUUUCGGUUCGUCCAAGACUAUUGUAAAGAAACGAGUGACUUGAUAGUUCACGACGGUCGAAACGUCGGCCAAGUUUCAUGAAACAAGAAUAAAAACACAAAAGCAGCAACUUUAAUUUUACAGUAAAUAAAAAUAACUUUCUGCCUGCCCAUUAGACGUAAUCUGAUAAAAUAAGAAAUUUCGGUAACUGCUUUGUAUCUUAAAUAACUACAACCUGUCAGUGUUACUAUUCCACAUAUUGUUACUAAUGAUAACUGCUAUAUCUAUUGUUAAACUUAAUGACUGCUCCAUCUGAUAAUACCUGCUCCCACUACUGUUAUUAAUGAUAAUUCCUGCUCCAUCUACUGUUACAUAUAACACCUGCUCCAUCUAUUGUUACAUAUGAUAACACCUGCUCCAUCUGUCAUAUGGGGGUUCGAAACAUGGAUUGGAUAAUAAACACUCACGUCGGAUGUUCUAGUAAGUAUAUUAGAUGGAAUAUAUGGGGACGCCAGGCCUGAUCUGUUUACUCUCCUAUGACUCAACUUGAACUGUCCUGCUGAGUGCCUGGAGGACGAAAGGCAUUCAAAUCAUACUAGGUUAGCAGUAACGGUCAGUGAUGUAACAGUCAGUGAUUACAGCCAGGGGUCUAUUGGUAAUCCCCCUUAUGUAUCCUGGGAGGCAGUUGAACAGUCUUGGGCCCCUGACACUUACUGUGUUUUCUCUUAGCGUACUCAUGGAACCCCUGCUUUUCAUUGGGAGGAUGUUGCACCGCCUGCCGAGUGUUUUCCUUAUGAUUUCGGUGUGUAGAUUUGGGACUAGUCCCUCUAUGAUUUUUCAGGUGUAUAUUAUCAUGUAUUUUUCUCUCCUGCUUUCCAAGGCGUACAUGGCAAGGGCCUUCAACCGUUCCUAAUAAUUUUGAAGAUUUAUAGUACUUAUACGUGCAGUAAAGGUUCUCUGUAUAUUCUCCAGGUCUGCCUUGCAAGGGGCCGUUAAUGUACCGCAGUAUUCAAGCCUAGAGAGAACAAGCGAUUUGAAGAGAAUCAUCAUUGGCUUGGCAUCCCUAGUUUUGAAUGUUCUCAUUACCCAUCCUAUCCAUUUUUGUUGUGAUUUUUGAAAAUGAAAUUCUCUGACAUUUCCAAUCCCAAGUCCUUCACAUUAGUUUUCCGCUCUAUCGUAUGAUUGGAAUUUCCUUUAUAUACUCCGAUACAGUCUUUAUUUCCUCGAGUUUUCCAUAGCGGAGUAAUUUAAAUUUGUCUUCAUUGAACUUCAUGUUGUUUUCUGACGCCCAUUUAAAGACUUGAUUAAUGUCCGCUUGGAGAUUUGUAGUGUCUUCAAUGAAUGACACUGUCAAACAAAUUUUGGUAUCGUCAGCAAACGACACUGUGCUGUGGUUUACAUUUCUAUGUCAGGUAUGAGGAUGAGGAACAUGAUGGGAGCGAGUUCUGUACCUUGUGUAUCAGAGUUUUUCACUGUUGCCUCCUGUGACCAUACUCUGUUUACUAUUACUCAUUGUGUUUUAUUUGUUACGAAGUUAUAGAUCCAUCUACCUACUUUUCUUGUUAUUCCUUUAUCACCCAUUUUGUGUGCUAUUACUCCAUUAUCGCACUUGUCGAAGGCCUUCGCAAAGUUUGUGUACACUACAUCUGCAUUCUGAUCGUUCUCCAGUGCAUCCAAGAUCAUGUCAUAGUGAUCCAGUAGCUAUGAGAGGCAGGAGCGACCUGCUCUAAACCCGUGUUUAGAGCAAGUUGUUGUCAUACAGAGUGAUGGCUCUCUUAAAGAAAUUAGAGCACGCAUCAAUAACUGGGGCUCUACUCUUCAGUCAGAACUGUUUGCCAUACUCCUUGCACUCAAAUGCGUCCAUGUAUCUAAGGUUGAUACUUUAAUUGUAACUGAUUCUCUGUCAUCCAUAAAUGCUCUCAACUCAUUAAGUAUAAACUGUGGCAUGCUUGUGUCAGAAGCCAGACACAGGUAAGGUAGGAGUGUGGACAGUGGAGUCAGAGUC